AUGUCUGAAGUUAUUAUUGAGGACAUUUUCAUGAAGCGCUCACAGCAAAAGAAGAAAACCUCACCAUUAAACUAUAAAGAGAGACUCUUUGUACUUACACAAGAUAAGAUUUCAUACUACGACUACGACUAUGAAAAAGCGAAAAAGAAGGGAUUAAAGGGGUCUGUGGAGAUUGACAAGAUCAAAUGUGUUGAGACUGUAAUGCCAGAAGAUAAUGCUCCUCCUGAACGACUGUACCCAUUUCAGAUAGUUUAUGAUGAUGGACCACUCUAUAUAUUUGCAAAAACAGAUAAUGUACGAAAGCAGUGGAUUCACAAACUUAAAAAUGUGGUGCGAUUUAACAAGGAUCUACUGCAAAAAUACCACCCGUGUUUCUGGGAGGAUGGAAUGUGGAAGUGUUGUCAACAGGAAGUUAAACAAGCAAUGGGCUGCAAAUUGUUGGAAAUGAGAAAUGGAGGAAUUUCCAAAGGAUCUCAUCGUAAAUCUAGAAAACCUCUCCCACCCACACCAGAAGAGGAAAAAACAUCCAGAUCUCCACACCCACAGCCACCACAGCAGCAUGGCUUCUCAGUUGGAAUGACGGUCAUCGCAGAGUAUGAAUACACUCCUAUGACUCCCCAAGACCUGGAAAUGAAAAAGGACGAGCAGUACACAAUUUUGGACAUAUGUGAUGCCAACUGGGUUAGAGCCAAGGAUAAAUAUGGUAAUGAGGGAUACAUUCCAAGUAACUAUGUUGUUGAAGCCUUAAAUGGAUUGGAGAAGUUUGAGUGGUAUUGCAAAAACAUGAACCGCAGUCAAGCAGAAAAUUUACUCAAGACUGAGAAUAAAGACGGUGGUUUUUUGGUGCGAGAUUCUGGAAAAUACAGUGGAAAAUAUACUGUUUCUGUUUUCACCAAGAGUACUGGAGAUAUGGUUGGAAGCUGCCGACACUACAACAUAUUAACAACCGAACAGGGACAGUUCUAUCUUGCAGAAAAGCAUUAUUUCAAUAAUAUUCCAGAUCUCAUUACUUACCACCAGCACAAUGCAGCAGGACUGGUGAGCAGAUUAAAACACAUUGUGUCAGCUCGAGCUCAAAAUGCACCGUCCACUGCAGGUCUGGGUUAUGGAGUGUGGGAGAUUGAUCCUCACCAGCUUACCUUUAUUAAAGAGCUGGGCAGUGGACAAUUUGGUGUAGUUAAGUAUGGGAAGUGGCAGGGUCGGCAUGAUGUAGCCAUCAAAAUGAUCAGAGAAGGCUCCAUGUCGGAGGAUGACUUCAUCGAUGAAGCUAAAGUCAUGAUGAAACUUCGUCAUGAGAAUCUAGUUCAACUUUAUGGUGUUUGCACGAAACAAAGACCUAUUUACAUAGUCACAGAGUUCCUUUCCAAUGGAUGUCUACUGAAUUACCUACGGGAGUACCUGCAACACCCCUCUCCUGUUGAGCUUCUGGAGAUGUGUAAAGAUGUGAGCGAAGGAAUGGCCUACCUAGAAUACCAGCAGUUCAUUCACAGAGACCUUGCUGCCAGAAAUUGUUUAGUAGAUGCAAAUGGGACAGUUAAAGUGACUGAUUUUGGUUUGUCAAGAUAUGUCCUUGAUGAUGAGUAUACCCCCUCUGCUGGCUCGAAGUUUCCUGUACGAUGGUCACCUCCUGAAGUACUCCUUUACAGCAAAUUCAGCAGCAAGUCAGACAUCUGGGCAUUUGGUGUUUUAAUGUGGGAAAUCUACACACUUGGUAGAAUGCCAUAUGAACGUCUAAAUAACAGUGAUAUAGUUGACAAAGUUCCUGCUGGCUACAGACUCUAUCGUCCUCAGAUGGCCAGUGAUAGAAUCUACUCCAUAAUGACCAUGUGUUGGCAUGAGAAACCAGAUGAACGUCCUACAUUUCAGGAUCUUGUGAUGAUCAUUCAGGACUUAUUGGACAAUAUGCACUAG